GGGUUUCCGGAUAAGGGGUCCGAUACCUGUACACGCAAAUGCAAGGAACAUGUAGUGGCGCAAUUACAUUGAUUGUGCACAACUUUGCCUCCAUUUCAGUCUGCCACACUUGGGUUCAAAAAGAGGCUUCUGCAGAAUUCACUUCAAUCAAGUGCAAACCUGGCUGGGCACAGUUCUCCAUUUGGCUUGUAGUAGUAUCUGGAACAGAAAUGGGGUGGACUGUGUUUCUUCUUAAGGGAACAUGUGCCCCUUUUUGGAGACCUGGAGGUCAGCUACUGCAAACUAGGCUAUGCCUGUCUUGCUCCCGGCAGAUUUCCAUUAAUUCUGGAGUACAAGACUGUCCACCAUCCACACCAAAACGCCCUCCAAUUAGAAUUGGGUGUGCCUCUGGAUUCUGGGGAGACACAGCAGCUUCAGUUCCACAGCUUUUAUAUGGCGGAAAACUGGAUUUUUUGGUAUUUGACUAUCUCUCUGAGAUAACAAUGUCUCUGCUGACAGCAGCAAAGGCCAAGUCAUCUAGUUUGGGAUAUACGCCAGACUUUAUCCACACUGCAAUGGCUCCUUAUAUAACAGACAUUCAUAAAGCAGGUAUUCGUGUUGUCAGUAACGCUGGGGGCAACAACCCAAUUGCAUGUGCUGCUGCACUGCAAGAAGUAAUAAAGAAAGCCAAUCUUGAUAUGAAGGUAGCUGUUGUCACUGGUGAUGAUUUGAUGAAACAGAAAGAUUCAUUUAAGGAAGCAGGCGUUACAGAUAUGGAGAGUGGCAAGGCUUUCCCUGACACUAUUCAUAGCAUGAAUGCUUACCUUGGUGCAAGGCCAAUUAGCAGAGCCCUUGAUCUUGGAGCAGACAUUGUUGUGACUGGUAGAUGUGUAGACAGCAGUGUUGUACUGGGGCCUCUCAUACAUACUUUUGGGUGGAAGAGGAAUGAAUUUGACUUACUUGCAGCUGGCAGUCUUGCCGGUCACCUGAUAGAGUGUGGGGCUCAGUGUACAGGUGGAAUAUUUACUGACUGGCAUCUGGUACCAGACUGGCACAAUAUUGGCUUUCCGAUAGUGGAAUGCACUUCAGAUGGGAAUUUUACAAUAUCAAAGCCGCAAGAAACUGGCGGCCUUAUCUCUUUUGGCACAGUUGCUGAACAAUUAGUGUAUGAAAUUGGAGAUCCUGAACACUAUCUACUUCCUGAUGUGUCUUGUGACUUUUCCCUGGUUUCUAUUUCUGAAAUUCAAGGUCAUGAUGGAGGAGCAGUCCGUGUUCAUAGUGCAAAAGGGCAACAGCCCUCUUCAUCUUAUAAGGUGUGUGCCACUUAUCUUGAUGGAUUCAGAGCCACCGCAGUAUGUCCCGUGGUUGGACCAAAUGCAGCAGAAAAAGGAAGACGGACAGCUGAAAGUAUUCUGAGAAGGACUCGAGAUAUAUUUUCGAAGCUCGGCUUUGAUGAUUACAGUGACGUUAAUCUACAGAUACUUGGUGCUGAAGAUUCAUAUGGGCCAUACGCUAAAACAAAAGAUCUUGCUCGUGAAGCUGUCAUUUGGCUUGCUGUGCAUCACAAGCAGAAAAAAGCAUUAGAAAUCUUUGCAAGAGAGAUUGCACCCGCAGGCACAGGAAUGGCACCGGGUCUCACUGGAAUUGUUGGAGGCCGACCUAAAGUAUCUCCGGUGCUGAAACCAUUUUUUUUCCUUUACCCAAAGAAAAAUGUUAAGAUUGAUAUCUUCAUGAAUGAAAAACACAUAGAAAGGUUUGUUGAUGAUUAUACAUUUACUACAGAUGAAAGUUUUGAUUCUACGCCAGCUGCAGCAGAAGUUCCAAAAGACCUUCCAAGUGGUCCUUAUACCUAUCGCUUAGCUGAACUGGCUUUUACAAGAAGUGGAGACAAGGGAAAUAACGCUAACAUAGGUGUUAUAGCUCGCCAUCCACUUUACUACCCUUAUUUAAAAAGGGCACUUUCUUCACAAGUCAUUCAGGAAUACUUUGAACACUUAUUGCCUAAAGAACACAGUGGUGAAGCCUUGGUAACUAGAUAUGAGUUGCCAGGAAUAUAUGCAUUGAACUUUGUACUGAAGUACUCUUUGGGUGGAGGAGGAAUUGCUUCAUUGAGAAGUGAUCCACAGGGAAAAGCAUUUGGACAAAUGUUACUAGAUCUGGAAAUUAAAGGCAUCCCUGAUUUAAAGUCCUUAAUUGAUUAAACAGCCAUGAAGAAUGAUCUAAAUAGUUUACUGAAGUCUCAAUAAAGCUUUUGGGGGUCUUUGGUGGUGAUCAAGAAACUGAAGAAUGCCGUCCUUUGUGGUCAUAAAGCCUUAGUGUAAAUCUCUAACCAAUCAUGUUGGAUAUACUGUAAGUGUUCCAAUGUGUUCUUCUUCUGAUUUUAUAAUAGGUUCAUGCAUGGCACAGCGUUUGCUGAUUCCCAUGUCUUUUGUUUAAAAGAUGCAAUUUUGUUUACAUCCAUAAUGAAUCUAUUAAGCCUGAUGUCACACAUGGUAUUUCUCUGCCACUGUCUAUGCAAACACAGCAUACUGCCUAGCUACCAGUACUACUGCCAGAAAUCCCUGUUGUGGCUGAUUGCAGUGAACUUUGGGAAAAGCAAAUUGCUCCUGGCAGAUAUUUGCUUUAGCGUUUUUAUUAAUUCAACAGAAAAAUGUCAUGUGCAACAUAAGUCUAAGAAACACAAAGCGAUAAUGAAGGGGAAGCUCCAUUAUUAUUGGGGUACUUAUUGCUAGCAUAUAUUGCUGAUCAUGGGCAGAACUGAUUUAGCAUUGAUAGAACACUUAUUCUCAUCAGCACUUACAAAAGUAUACAUACAGGCCUUAACACUUAUCCUCUUUUAGACAUAGAAACAUGUUAAAUAUUUCCUUUUAGACAAACUUCUUUUAGUUUCUAAAUGUGGCCAAUGGCAAAUCCUUUUGUACUGUAGUAUGUACUGUAGUAUCAUCAGAACACAAAUAACCUCAUUUUUAAUUUAUAAAUCAUGUCUAAUAAUCACUACUUACCUGCCCAGUUGGGUAAACUCCAAAAAUGGCACCUUCUGCUUAAGUUGAAGGGGCAAUAUAUCAAUGUUCGGGUUCGAAUUUCUUUCUAAAUUUGAGGGUAUUUUUGCGCUAAAACUUCCAAAAUUUUCCUAUAUGGUCCAAAAACAUGAAUGUUCAAUAUUUAUCAAGUGCAAAAAACCUAAGAAUUCAAAUGUAAAAUGUCAGCUUCUAAAAGCUUGCAAGUUUAUGUAGAAGUCAAUGGGAGUUGUCCUUGGCAAAAUCAAGCCAUAUUUUCAAUUUGAGUUUUUCGAGUUUGGGAAAUUUGAAGUAUUCAAGGUUUUUUAUUGGAAUGAGUUUCCCAUAUUAAUAAAUAAGCAAACAUUAGAGUUAGAGUUUUAAUGUGCAAGUUUAUUUGAGUCAGAAAAAAACUCUCUCCAAUUCACGAACUUGAAAAGUCCAUAAGUUGAUGCUAGUGAGGACUGGGAAAGCCAGAUAAGAUGGCUUUAUAAAGACAAUGGCUACUUUGAAUAAAACCCAAUAAAUUAGGAAACAUGUAAAAAGGGCCCACAAUACUAAGCCAUAUGUUAUCCAAAGCUUGUUCAGCUAGUUCUUAUAAUGUCUGCUGGACUGAGUUUGUCAGGGUUUUGUUGUGUAUGAAAAUGAAAGAUGUCAAUUACAACUAGAAAUGCUGAGUAUGCACUUGUUUGCCACCCCAAAUGUAAUUUCCAAAGAAGACCAGAGAGUAGGUUCCUGAGUAGGUUCAGUAUUGUUAGUUGGCUUAUCACCAGUGCCCCAAUAUCCGCAAUACCUAAUCCCACACUCCAUUUAGUCAGACAAUUUCCAUCUAGCAUUGCUUAUAGUUAACAGUAGUAUGAUUGCUUUUGCCUUCUUAGCUUUAGCUGUGUUUGCAUUUUAUUGUUCCAUGCUAUAAGUAUAUGACAGUUGGUGAAACAUUUACGAAAGCCUAUAUUAUUUAAAGGCAUUUGAAUUGUAGACUGAUUGCUGGUGACUUUUGGUAUUUAAUAACAGUAUUUACUAAUGAAGUUUUCCAUUUUUUCCUGUGACAGUUUACAAAUUCUUUGGUACAGUGUCAAUAAGUGCAGUUUGUUUUACUGAAAAGGCUACUUCACAACUGAAAAUAGAAACUCACGGGUUAGGUUGUGUUUAAAAUUGUAGCAAGAUAUCACGAGAUACAGGAAUCAUUUUAAGUAAAAACCCUACUUAUAUUAAUAUGUGACAUGAAAUAGGAGCAGUAUGACUAUUUAAACACUUUCCCUUGUCUCUGUCCCUCUUUGACCCUCUCUUUGUCCUUGUGCUUCACCCUGUUCCUUUCAGCCAUGUUUUUGACCCAGGCAGCACCUUCUGAUGUCACUUAUUAAGGGCAGUGAUACGCGGGGAGAUUAGCCACCCCACAAAUCUUCGUUGUCGCGGGCGACUAAUCUCCCCGCAGUGCCAUCCCACCGGCUCUAAUGUAAAUGUAAAAGGCAGCACCUUCUCAUGUCACUUAAUAAAAGAUAAUGGGAAAGAGAAGGGGUAGGACUUGCCAGAAGCUGAGACCAUGCAGGCUUCUGUUACAUUUUUUUUACCUCCAUGUUUUCUGUGCCAGUGCCAAUUCCCCAAAAAAUUGUAAUUAUAUUUUGAGUAAUAUAAUUUACAUUUAAUUUGAAAUAUAUAUAAUGAAGGCCUGUAUAAUGGGACAUACAAGGUAUACAGUAUAAGGAAAGUGCUAUUAUAUUUUUAUUUGCCAAUUUUAGAAUUUUUAUGAUUUUGCAUAUAUACAAAAGGUUUUUUUUUUAUCAUAUAUUGAUGGCUUAGAUUGACCUUUUUGUGUAGCUAAAGCAAAGGUUUUUAUGUACUGAAGUUUAAUCUAUACAGAUUUAUCAAGUGCAAUUAGGCCUUUCGUAUUAUGGAUAUGUUUACCAAGUAGUUUAAUACAAGCAAAACAAACCUAAAAAAUCAAACUUAAUUUUCUUCUCUUUACUAAGCAUAUUAAGUAGCAAACUCAUUUAUCAAAAAUCACACAGCUGUGGGGGAAAAACUCUCUUAUCAAAAUCCCCACUGGAGCAUCUCUUGUGGUUUUCCCAUAUAUCUAAACAUUUGUAUCCAAAAUCAAGAUUUUUGUGCAAAUUUUCACAAAAAAAGUUCUACUUCCACUGUACUUCUCUUUUUGUAAUUACACUUUUUAAAUAAAUUGGAUAAUAUUUUGUAAAUGAUUUGAAAUUUUGGACAGCUGAUAAUGACUUUUAAAAAAUCAGUCUUCAAGGGACACAUUUACUACUGCAGAAUAUCUGAGCAUAAUAAUUGUCGCAGCUAGUAAAAAGCAAUAAUGAAAAUGAUUUGUUCACAUUAAAUAAUAGGAGCGUAUGUCCCUAGUUUAAAAUGAAUGCAAUGCUCUUUUUUUCAGGGACUUUAUGAAUCACUCAGCUUUUUACAGAUCUAUUCUGCAUUCUAAUACCCCAUAGUAGAAAAUUGUAUUUGCCUGCUAAAAGCAGUUGAAUUAAUUCUGAUGACAUGGCACAUUGACAAGGCAAAGAAACUUUUACAAAUAUGCUACUUUGAUAAUACAUUUUCCAGACUGUGAGGAAAACUGUAGCCCAAUCGCCUUAAGACAUAGAUGAGCGGCACUUGUGUCUUUGUUUUACCGAUUAAGGUACACAACCCUAACAGUAUUUUUUUAGGAAUCAGUUCAGUGGGUACCCUAAGGCAUAAUACUAGUUGAUAAUAUCUCUAGCUGCUUAGGGUUUGCUAAUGUUGGUAGGUUUACUUCCAUUCAAACAUAAAGUACAGGUAUAGGAUCCGUUAUCCGGAAACCCAUUAUCCAGAAAGUUCCAAAUUACAGAAAGGCCAUCUCCCAUAGACUCCAUUUUAAACAAAUAAUUCUAAUUUUUAGAAAUGAUUUCCUUUUUCUCUGUAAUAUUAAAACAGUACAUUGUACUUGAUCCAAACUAAGAUAUAAUUAAUCCUUAUUGGAUGGAAACCAAUCCUAUUGGGUAUAUUUAAUGUUUAAAUGAUUUUGUAGUAAAUUUAAAGCAUGGAAAUACAAACUACGGAAAGAUCCCUUAUCCGGAAGGCCCCUAGGUCCUGAGCAUUCUGCAUAACAGAUCCCAUACCUGUAUAUAUGUUCAUGUCUCUUAACUCAUGUCAGAAGUUCUAGCACUGUUGAUGGUUAAUGUACAUUUUAUGAAUGUAUUCAUGUCAUUUUUACAUUUGGUUACAGGGUAAACAUACUGUAGCAUUGUAUUUCAAUUAACAGUAUGUAGCAAUUUUAUAAUACAAAAUGUUAAUAUUAAAUCAAAAUAAUAUAGACAUUUACAUUUUAAUAAAGCAUAUAAUUGUUU